CUCCCCAGAGCUGCUCAUCCGGGUCGGGCUGGAGACACAGUCUGGGGACCCCGCCGCCGCCGCCGCGCCCCCUCUUCUUUCGGCUCCAUCUUCUCUUCCACCUUUUCCUCCUCUUCCUCUACCUUCUCUUCCUGCAACCCCCCCUCCCCCGCCGCGGAUCCUGGCCUCCGCUCUCCAGACCCAGGAUGCCGGGGGGCAAGAGAGGGCUGGUGGCACCGCAGAACACAUUUUUGGAGAACAUCGUCAGACGCUCCAGUGAAUCGAGUUUCUUACUGGGAAAUGCCCAGAUUGUGGAUUGGCCUGUAGUUUAUAGUAAUGACGGUUUUUGCAAACUCUCUGGGUAUCAUCGAGCUGACGUCAUGCAGAAAAGCAGCACUUGCAGUUUUAUGUACGGGGAAUUGACUGACAAGAAGACCAUUGAGAAAGUCAGGCAAACUUUUGACAACUACGAGUCAAACUGCUUUGAAGUUCUUCUGUACAAGAAAAACAGAACUCCUGUUUGGUUUUAUAUGCAAAUUGCACCAAUAAGAAAUGAACAUGAAAAGGUGGUCUUGUUCCUAUGCACUUUCAAGGAUAUUACAUUGUUCAAACAGCCAAUAGAGGAUGAUUCAACAAAAGGUUGGACCAAAUUUGCCCGGUUGACACGGGCUUUGACAAAUAGCCGAAGUGUUUUGCAGCAGCUCACGCCAAUGAAUAAAACAGAGGUGGUCCACAAGCAUUCAAGAUUAGCUGAAGUUCUUCAGCUGGGGUCAGAUAUCCUUCCUCAGUAUAAGCAAGAGGCACCAAAGACGCCACCACACAUUAUUUUACACUACUGUGCUUUUAAAACUACUUGGGAUUGGGUGAUUUUAAUUCUUACCUUUUACACCGCCAUUAUGGUUCCUUAUAAUGUUUCCUUCAAAACGAAGCAGAACAACAUAGCCUGGUUGGUGCUGGACAGUGUGGUGGACGUUAUUUUUCUGGUUGAUAUUGUUUUAAAUUUUCACACGACCUUUGUGGGACCUGGUGGAGAGGUCAUUUCUGACCCCAAGUUGAUAAGGAUGAACUACUUAAAAACUUGGUUUGUGAUCGAUCUGUUGUCUUGUUUACCUUAUGACAUCAUCAAUGCCUUUGAAAAUGUGGAUGAGGGAAUCAGCAGUCUCUUCAGUUCUUUAAAAGUGGUGCGUCUCUUGCGACUGGGCCGGGUUGCUAGAAAAUUGGACCAUUACCUGGAGUACGGAGCAGCAGUCCUCGUGCUCCUGGUAUGUGUGUUUGGACUAGUUGCUCACUGGCUGGCCUGCAUAUGGUACAGCAUUGGGGACUACGAGGUCAUCGAUGAAGCCACGAACACCAUCCAAAUAGACAGUUGGCUCUACCAGCUGGCCUUGAGCAUUGGGACUCCAUAUCGAUACAAUAGCAGUGCAGGGAUAUGGGAAGGAGGACCCAGCAAGGAUUCACUGUACGUGUCCUCUCUCUACUUUACCAUGACAAGCCUUACAACCAUAGGAUUUGGAAACAUAGCUCCUACCACAGAUGUGGAGAAGAUGUUUUCAGUGGCCAUGAUGAUGGUUGGCUCUCUUCUUUAUGCAACUAUUUUUGGAAAUGUUACCACAAUUUUCCAGCAAAUGUAUGCCAACACCAACCGAUACCAUGAGAUGCUGAAUAAUGUACGGGACUUUCUGAAACUUUAUCAGGUCCCCAAAGGCCUUAGUGAACGAGUCAUGGAUUAUAUUGUCUCAACCUGGUCCAUGUCAAAAGGCAUCGACACAGAGAAGGUUCUCUCCAUCUGCCCGAAGGACAUGAGAGCUGAUAUCUGUGUUCACCUAAACCGCAAGGUGUUCAAUGAACACCCUGCCUUUCGGUUGGCCAGCGAUGGGUGCCUGCGCGCCUUGGCGGUGGAAUUCCAGACGAUUCACUGCGCGCCCGGGGACCUCAUCUACCACGCCGGGGAAAGCGUGGAUGCCCUCUGCUUUGUGGUCUCAGGCUCCCUGGAAGUCAUCCAGGAUGAUGAGGUGGUGGCUAUUUUAGGGAAAGGUGAUGUGUUUGGAGACAUCUUCUGGAAGGAAACCACCCUCGCUCACGCGUGUGCCAAUGUCCGGGCACUGACAUACUGUGACCUUCACAUCAUCAAGCGAGAAGCCUUGCUCAAAGUCCUGGAUUUUUACACGGCGUUUGCAAACUCAUUCUCAAGGAAUCUCACUCUUACUUGCAAUCUAAGGAAACGGAUAAUUUUCCGUAAAAUCAGCGAUGUGAAGAAGGAGGAGGAGGAGCGCCUCAGGCAGAAGAAUGAGGUCACGCUCAGCAUCCCCGUGGAUCACCCCGUCCGAAAGCUCUUCCAGAAGUUCAAGCAGCAGAAGGAGCUGCGGAAUCAGGGCUCCUCGCAGAGCGACCCCGAGAGGAAUCAGCUCCAGGUAGAGAGCCGCUCCUUACAGAAUGGAGCCUCCAUCACCGGCACCAGUGUGGUCACGGUGUCACAGAUCACACCCAUUCAGACAUCUCUGGCCUUCGUGAGAACAAGCGAGUCCCUCAAGCAGAACAACCGUGAGGCCAUGGAGCUCAAGCCCAAUGGCGGUGCUGACCCCAAAUGUCUCAAAGUCAACAGCCCCAUAAGAAUGAAGAACGGGAAUGGGAAAGGGUGGCUGCGACUCAAGAAUCACAUGGGCGCCCAUGAGGAGAAAAAGGAAGACUGGAAUAAUGUCACUAAAGCCGAGUCUAUGGGGCUAUUGUCGGAGGACCCCAAGGGCAGCGACUCAGAGAACAGUGUGACCAAAAAUCCAUUAAGGAAGACAGAUUCUUGUGACAGUGGGAUUACAAAAAGUGACCUUCGUUUGGAUAAGGCUGGUGAGGUGCGAAGUCCGCUGGAGCACAGCCCCAUUCAGGCUGAUGCCAAGCACCCCUUUUAUCCCAUCCCCGAGCAAGCCUUACAGACCACACUGCAGGAAGUCAAACACGAACUCAAGGAGGACAUUCAACUACUAAGUUGUAGAAUGACUGCCUUGGAGAAGCAGGUGGCAGAAAUUUUAAAAAUACUCUCAGAAAAAAGUGCACCCCAGACCUCUUCUCCGGAAUCCCAAACGCCUCUCCAAGUACCUCCCCAAAUACCAUGUCAGGAUAUUUUUAGUGUUUCCAGGCCUGAGUCACCUGAAUCUGAUAAAGGUGAAAUCCACUUUUAAUAUAUAUUAUACAUAUAUAUUUGUUAAUAUCUUAAAGACAGUAUAUACAUCUAUAUACAGAAUGUGUAUAUACAGUAUAUACAUAUAUAUUUUCACUUGCUUUCAAUAUGAUGAACACAAUAUGGAUUUUGAUAUGUAAAUAUUGCAUGUCCAGCUGGAUUCUGGCCUGCCAAAGAUGAUUAUUAAAAACAUAGAUAUUGCUUGUACAUUAUGCAGUUGACUGCAUGCACACUUUACUUUUAUUUAUAAUCUCUAUUCUGUAAUUUAAAAAAGUAUGAUUUGUGUUAAUUAAGGCAAUGUAAUAUUUGAAGAAUCAGGGUCCAACCUGCCAGUGUUGCCAUGACAAAUUUGAUCUCAGGCUGAGUAGACUGCACUGUCAUUUCCUCACUGUUCUGUUGAGUUAAAAUUAUAGAUUCAUGCCAAGGAAGAGUUCAACUUUGUAAACUGUUAGUACCGUUUUAUGAUCUCUUUCCUUAGGUUAUUUUCCUGUAACUGAGUGUUAGGUUAUUUUUCCCCAAGAGACAAUGUUUGCUCCAUUUAAAGGCCUGUUUUGUUGCCUGUGUCAGAUAGCAGUGUGGGGUAUUGAAAAUUUAUUGCUAUGGGUUUUGUGCAUGAAUUGCAUUUUUGCUCAACUAUACCUCUUCUUUUUCAACAUUAUACUUAGAUAGUAAUCAUUAAAUUCUGUGUAAGGAAAUCCCUAUCCCCUCCGUCUUGGAGAACAGCUGCCAUCUUGUAAGCUGAUUUUACCAACCCCAUAACACAAAACUCUUAAUAUAGUGUAUAUUAUUAUAGAAAUACUGCACCACAGGGUACAAGGGCCUUUUAACCAUUCCUGUUAGAGAUGCUGAUCUUCUGAAGGUGAUGGAUGCUCUAAAGUUGUGUUUCUAAAACUCGUUCAAGGGUGAAGUUAAAAGGCUCUUCACAAAGAAAGAAACAAAAAA